GCCUAGCGGGCCUCGUGGCCUCGGCUGCUCCUUUAAGCCCUGGCCCCGCCCCUGGCCCGUCCCCCGCGCGGCCUGGGUCUGGUUGGAUUGCGGGGUCAGCUCCGCGCGCGGGACGCGAUGGAGCUGCACAUUCUAGAGCACCGGGUGCGGGUGCUGAGCCUCGCCCGCCCCGGCCUUUGGCUUUACACCCACCCGCUCAUCAAGCUGCUUUUCCUGCCCCAUCGCAGUCGGUGCAAGUUCUUCAGCCUGACCGAAACCCCCGAGGAUUACACUCUCAUGGUGGACGAGGAAGGCUUCAAAGAGCUGCCCCCUUCGGAAUUCCUGCAAGUGGCUGAUGCCACGUGGCUGGUGCUGAAUGUCUCGUCCCACAGCGGCGCAGCCACAGCGGUGCAAGCUGCUGGGGUCACUAAGAUCGCCCGCUCGGUCAUCACGCCGCUGGCCGAGCACCACGUGUCGGUGCUGAUGCUGUCCACGUACCAGACGGACUUCAUCUUGGUGCGAGAGCAGGACCUGGCUGUGGUCAUCCACACACUGGCCCAGGAGUUCGACAUUUACCGUGAGGUGGGCGGGGAGCCUGUACCCGUUGCCAGGGAUGAGUCCAGCAACGGCUUUCCCCGUGCCCAGCAUGGGCCCAGCCCCACGGUGCAUCCCAUCCAGAGUCCCCAGAACCGCUUCUGUGUCCUCACCCUGGACCCUGAGACGCUGCCAGCCAUCGCCACCACCCUCAUAGAUGUCCUCUUCUACUCGCACAAUGCCCCCAAGGAGACAGCCCCUGGUGGUCCUGGACCCAACUCCAUCCCGUUCUUUGCCUUCUCCCUCAUUGAGGGCUACAUCUCCAUUGUCAUGGACGCAGAGACGCAGAAAAAGUUCCCAAGCAACUUGCUGCUGACCAGCUCCACUGGGGAGCUGUGGCGGAUGGUGCGCAUUGGGGGACAGCCACUGGGCUUUGAUGAGUGUGGGAUCGUGGCCCAGAUCGCCGGUCCCCUGGCUGCCGCAGACAUCUCUGCCUAUUACAUCAGCACCUUCAACUUUGACCACGCGCUGGUGCCCGAGGAUGGUAUCAGCAGUGUCAUUGAGGUGCUCCAGCGACGACAAGACGCCUUGGGCUCCUGAGUCCCAGGGGGAC